UUUGUUCUAGGAAGUCUCAGAUCCACCCCACCUCCAAUGCUCCUCUCUCCCUCUCUCUGCAACAGAUGAUCAGAUCUCUUCUCCAAAACCCUAGAUUCGUUUUUCUUAUCUAGUUCGCGGAUUUUCCAUCUCUUCAUAUUUAUACACGCAUACAUACAUCUACAUAUAGGCAGGAUUGAAGAUGUAUAUGGCAUAUGGAUGGCCGCAGGUCAUCCCUCUCGAAUCGAGUCACUGUCCUGUGUCGGAGCAGAUCAUAUAUCUCAAGCUCGCCAAUCGCCUCUUGCUAGUCGUCGCUCCGUCUCAUCUCGAGCUCUGGAGCUCUUCUCUGCACAAGGUGAGACUGGGGAAGUACAAGAGGGAUUCGGAUGCAAUUCAGAGAGAAGGAGAGAAUGUGCAGGCUGUCUGGAGUCCCGAUACCAAAUUGGUCGCCGUUCUUACCUCUUGUUCCUAUCUUCAUAUUUUUAAGGUCCAGUUCACUGAAAAAAGAAUACAAAUUGGAGGAAAGCAACCCUCUGGGCUAUGUCUCGCAACCUUUUCUCUACUUCUCAGCGAGCAGGUGCCCUUUCCAACUAAGGAGCUGGCAACUGGGUUGUACUUCUCAUGGAAAGGAGAAAAUAUCCAAAAUUCCAGUUGUAAUGUCUCUGGUUGGAAACCUAUUGAAACUUUGUCAUUAUCCAGAAGACUUGAUUCCAAUAUUCAUUCAGCAGCAAUUUUCAGGAGCAAUAUUAUUUGUGAUAGCAAACACUUGCUAAUUGGACUGUCUAAUGGAUCUUUAUUCAGCCUUUCCUGGAAGGGUGAGUUCUAUGGGGCCUUUGGACUUCACUUUCACCUGUACGAUGGCAAUGAAACUAACUUAGCAUAUUCUCAAGAGAAUGGUCUUGGUGCUGAUGGGGUUCAAGGAACUUUUAUGUCCAGUCAUUCUUUGUUCCAAAGGUCCGCCAUUAUACAGCUGGAGUUCUCUUUGCCUUUAAGGUUGCUAUUUGUGAUAUUCUUAGAUGGACAACUGGUCCUAUGCUCUGUAAGUAAGAAAGGUUUAAAACAAGCCGAGUCUAUUAAAGCUGAAAGGUUGUUAGGCUCCGGUGAUGCUGCUUGUGCUUCUAUAGCUUCAGAGCAACAAAUCCUUGCUGUUGGGACAAAAAGAGGUGUGGUUGAGUUAUAUGAUCUUGCAGAAUCUGCAUCACUUAUUCGAUCUGUAUCUUUGAAUGACUGGGGAUAUUCAGCUGAUGAUACUGGUGCUGUCAGUUGUAUUGCAUGGACACCUGAUAAUUCUGCUUUGGCAGUAGGUUGGAAAUUAAGAGGACUUACAGUUUGGUCUGUCUCUGGAUGUCGUUUGAUGUCCACUAUUCGUCAAAUUGGUUUAAAUUCUGUUUCUUCUCCAGUGGUUAAGCCAAAUCAGGAUUGUAAAUUUGAACCUAUGAUGGGUGGCACCUCUCUGAUGCACUGGGAUGAAUAUGGAUAUAAGCUUUAUGCUGCUGAGGAACGAUCUUCAGAAAGAAUCAUCGCAUUUUCUUUUGGCAAAUGUUGUCUCAGCAGAGGAAUUUCGGGCACCACAUAUACCCGUCAAAUUAUUUAUGGCGAAGAUCGACUGCUUGUUGUGCAGUCUGAAGAUACUGAUGACCUUAAGAUUUUGCAUCUUCGCCUUCCAGUUUCUUAUAUAUCCCAAAAUUGGCCAGUUAUGCAUGUGGCAGCUAGCAAGGAUGGGAUGUACUUGGCUGUUGCUGGCCUUCAUGGGUUAAUCUUAUAUGAUAUACGAUCGAAAAAGUGGCGAGUGUUUGGUGAUAUCACCCAGGAACAAAAGAUUCAGUGUAACGGCUUGUUAUGGAUGGGAAAAAUCAUUGUUCUCUGCAACUACAUCAGUUCUUCUAACAUGUAUGAAUUGCUUUUCUAUCCGAGAUAUCACCUUGACCAGAGCUCAUUACUUUUAAAGAAGCCAUUGCUUGCAAAGCCACUGGUGAUGGAUGCAUAUCAAGACUAUCUUCUUGUUGCUUAUCGCCCGUUUGAUGUCCAUAUAUUCCAUAUGAAGUUAUCUGGUGAACUAACACCUUCUAGUACUCCUGAUUUACAGCUUUCUACAGUACGGGAGCUCUCAAUCAUGACUGCAAAGAGCCAUCCUGCUACAAUGCAUUUUAUCCCUGACCAGCUUUUGAGAGAGCAAGUCUCUGAAAAUAAUGUCUUAUUGCCAUCUGAUUUGCUAGGGAGAGAGCCUGUAAGAUGUUUGAUAUUGAGGGCAAAUGGGGAGCUUUCACUGCUUGACUUGGAUGAUGGGCGGGAAAGAAAGUUGACCGACUCUGUUGAAUUGUUUUGGGUUACCUGUGGUCAGUCAGAGGGGAAAACAAAUUUGAUUGAAGAUGUUUCAUGGUUAGAUUAUGGCCACCGGGGAAUGCAGGUUUGGUAUCCAUCUCCAGGUGUUGACCCUUUUAAGCAGGAAGAUUUCUUGCAGCUGGAUCCUGAAUUGGAAUUUGACCGUGAGGUAUACCCACUUGGUCUUCUUCCAAAUGCUGGAGUUGUGGUUGGCGUUUCCCAGAGGAUGUCCUUUUCAUCUCGCACAGAGUUUCCAUGUUUUGAGCCAUCUCCACAAGCUCAAACCAUAUUGCAUUGCCUACUCAGGCAUCUUAUUCAGAGGGACAAGAGCGAGGAAGCCUUGCGUUUGGCACAAUUAUCAGCGGAGAAGCCUCACUUUUCCCAUAGCCUGGAGUGGCUUCUUUUCACAGUAUUUGACGCUGAAAUUUCCUGGCAGAGUGCAAAUAAAAACCAGAUCUCAGUCCCAAAGCAUGCUACCAACAAGUCUCUGUUGGAGAAAACCUGUGGUUUAAUUAAAAACUUCCCUGAGUACUUUGAUGUCGUUGUUAGUGUUGCAAGAAAAACUGAUGGUCGGCACUGGGCAGAUUUGUUUUUGGCUGCUGGAAGAUCAACAGAGUUGUUUGAGGAAUGCUUCCAGCGGAGAUGGUACCGGACAGCAGCUUGCUACAUACUUGUGAUUGCUAAACUAGAGGGUCCUGCUGUUAGUCAAUACUGUGCUUUACGGUUAUUACAGGCAACGCUUGAUGAAUCUUUAUAUGAGCUUGCUGGGGAGCUGGUGAGAUUUCUGCUCAGAUCUGGAAGGGAGUAUGAACCUUCAGCUACAGACUCAGACAAACUAUCGCCCAGAUUCUUAGGGUAUUUUCUUGUUCCAUCUAAUUACAGGAGGCAAUCUUUUGACUCUAAAAGCACCUCAUUCAAAGAGCAGAAUGCACAUGUUACUUCUGUUAAGAAUAUCCUGGAAACCCAUGCUAGCCAUUUAAUGUCGGGAAAAGAAUUAUCCAAGCUUGUUGCAUUUGUGAAGGGCACUCAAUUUGAUCUAGUGGAAUAUCUUGAAAGAGAGAGGUAUGGAAGUGCUCGCCUGGAGAAUUUUGCUUCAGGGCUUGAAUUGAUCGGGCAAAAGCUCCAAAUGGGUACACUGCAAAGCCGGUUGGAUGCAGAAUUCCUUUUGGCUCAUAUGUGCUCUGUCAAGUUCAAAGAGUGGAUAGUUGUCCUGGCCACUCUUUUAAGGCGAUCUGAGGUUCUUUUUGAUUUAUUUCAGCAUGAUAUGCGGCUGUGGAAAGCAUAUAGCAUGACCUUACAGUCGCAUCCAGCCUUUGCUGAAUAUCAGGAUUUGCUUGAAUCUUUAGAAGAGAAACUUUCAUUUUCUGCUAGUUUGCAAGAGAAAUGAUUACAUUCUCUGAACCUUGGUCUGUUUGACAAUGGAUUGACUGCAUAAUGAUGUGGCCUGUUUCAAUGAGGCAUCUCCUUGGGGAAUCAAAGAAUAUCAGAUGAAAAUGAAUGUGAGCCAUUGUAUUCUGCAUAGCACAGCUGAAGAGCAGACAAGGAAAUCAUGUCAGGUGCGUCUAGGAUGCCACCAAUCAUCAACCACAUCUCUGGUCUCUGAAUGGUACUCGGAGAUAAUGUUCUUUGUAGAUAAGGCAGUUGAAAUUAGCAGUGGAAGUUUUACCUACUCUUUCCAAUUAGUCAGUUCUCUCUCACCGGUAGCAUUUUCCCCUCCAUGUAGCAGCAACAGAAGAUUGUCCAAAUAAUCCAUUCAUGCAGUUUAUCAAUACAUGAUUUGUGCAGACAUUGUUUGCUUGUUGAAAUAUCAUUUGUAAUUAUACUAUCGGCUGGAGCAUGGAUCUAGUUGUCUUAUACGCCAUUUUUACACAAUAACAUGUCCAAAUUUUUGCAACGUAGUCUUCCUCUAUUCAACAAUAUUCAGGCAGGUUAGUCUUUACUA